AUGAACUCUCGUGGGUUGAUCUUGAUGCUCGGCAUCGUCAUCGCUGUGGUCCUCGCCCAGCAGGAUGCAGGAGAAAUGGAGAAACGCAAAUCGGCGUACAUGCGUUUCGGACGGUCAGACGGCGGGAAUCCGAUGGAGAAACGGAAGAGUGCGUACAUGCGUUUCGGAAAGAGAAGCGGUGGUGACCUCGAAGAAGUUGAUGAGACUGGAAAUGAUAUGCAAAUGAUGGAGAAGAGGAAGUCCGCCUACAUGAGAUUCGGCAAGCGAUCGGCGCUUCCAGAAGAGGACGUGAUGAGUGCGGAGAAGAGGAAAAGUGCCUACAUGAGAUUCGGAAAGCGGUCGGCUGUGGAGAUGGAUGAGGGAGAAGUGCAAGACGCUCACGACCUCUUCAAGAGAAAAUCGGCUUACAUGAGAUUCGGAAAACGUUCGGCUGACAUGGACGAGGAGGAGCAACAGGAUCACGAUAUGGAGAAGAGAAAGUCGGCGUAUAUGCGUUUCGGACGAUAG